CUAAUAAUGAGCGACGGUUGGGGAGCGCUUAUGAUUGGACGGCGGCGAUGGCGGGCUUUUCGUCCCCGCUUGCGCCCCUUUGUCUGUGGUGGUUGGUCAACACAUGCGGGGCGGUGUGGAGAUAUGAAACGAGCACGGGAGACUAUUUUAUAUUUUCUACAAGAACUGUAAUAUAUUUACAAUUUGAAGGAACCACAUUUGUGGAAUGGGAUGCUCCUCCAUUAUGUUCUCUUGUUGAUAAAAGUAAGCCAGAGACACUACUGGUUUGUCCAGUUCCUGGAACUCAUCAGAUAAGACCAGUUGUUACAGUUCCGUCACCUGAUGAUGAAGCACGCUUCUUAUCUAUAAUUGCAGAUGUGAAUUGUUUCAUGUGGUACAUUUACCAAGAUACAAGCAGAUUGUUGGACUCGGAUUCAACUCAGUUUAUACAUGCAUGGAUAUUUGACCCAGAAAAUGCAGAAGAUUCUGAAACAACCCACACUGCAGUUUCACCAUCUGUAUAUUCUAAGACCCUUACCAAGCAGUUCUGGAAUUGGGGAGAAUCACCGGCUAUUACAACAUUUUUUGGAAGAAAAGUGUAUACCGAUGUGCAAUAUAAGGAUGGGAUCUGGACACUUGAAGUGCCUUCCCUAACAAAUGACAACAUUGCACUCUUUUAUGGAAAAGCAGUUACUUUUCAAGAUUGCUUUAUUCUUGAUACUCCUUUUGUUAUUGCUCAGCCAAAGCUACACUUAGAUGCUCAAGGAUACACUAUCACUUCUCCAGCUGGUAGUCUUGCUAAGGUAACAUGGGCAGCAUGUUUUCCAUCCACAGCCGUAUUACUGACAGAUUUUGGUGUUUUCUAUACAAGUGAUGCAUUCCUAACUUCAGAAGAACUCAAGAUACCAGCAGAUAUUAUAGAUAGAGCCAUAAUUAAUGAUGUAAAAGAUGUGGCAAUAGCAUUUCCAGAUGUUUUCAUUUUAAUAAAGGAUAUAGUUUAUAAGGCAAGUGAAGGUGAAGUUAUCAAACUUGGAAGUAAUCAAACUGUUCCAGAUUCAGGAAUAAUUGGAAUACAAGCAAAAACCUGGUGUUCAGCGGAGUACCCAUUGAUUAACAAACAAUUAAGUGAAUUACUUAUAUGGACAGAUGAAGAAAUUGUUAGAGGACUUCUGGAUUAUGACUUUCAUCUAUUAGCAGAUACAGGAGUGAUAAAGGAAUCACUGAAUUUACGAAGAGACUUAGAUCUAGUAAUAGUCUCUGCUUGCUAUGAUUCACUCAUAACUUUAAUUGCAAUACUAAUACAGUGUACUGGGUGCUUGGGCACUGAUAUAUUGUACUUAGUUACAUAUAAUGAAGCCUUAGAAUUAUGGUCUUUAGGAGACUUUGUCUUGGAUCCACCCAAAACGGGAGUUAUGUUUAUGGAAGUUUUGUCUUCAGCAAAAAAAUCCAUGGUGUUGUGGGAUAAUGAUAAGAUAUUUUAUACUUAUAAAGACAACAAAGACUAUGGAUUUCUUAACAUGUCUGGUACAAGCACACCAUUUUCAGCAGCAGCUGAAGGAUCUGCUAUUCAUCAAAUUAUUAUUGAUUAUAGUGGAAACACCUUGGUAAAACUGAACAAUAAUGCAUUGUAUUUCUUCAAAUUUGAAAUGAAAGAGGUUGUGAAGCUUGCUGCAUGGGAAAAUAGAGCCAGUCAUUUUGUUUUUUAUUGGAAACCUUCUGGUGACAUGUACUUGCUCAAAAUUGAUGGUGGGACUAUAGACCGUCAGACCUAUCCAUUGAGAUUGGAAGUAUUUAGUGCUGCCUGGAAAUUAGGGGAAGUUUGUCCAUACAUAUCAUUUGAACAUAAUAUGAAGCAAAAUAUUUAUUAUCUAGACAUGGGGGAAAAGAUAGCCUUCUGGACUCAGAUAGUCUUUCUGGAAAAUCUGGGCUUAUCUGUAAAUAUUGAAAUCUUCAAUUCACAUUUGCUGAAGCAAAAUACCUACCUUCACUAUGAAAUAGCUCGUGGAAUCUGCACUAAAAAUCAGACAGUCACAUUUUAUCAUGAUGCGGAUUACUCAGUAGCAUUUGAUUAUGAAACUGUAGUAACAACGGCACAGGGAGUUAUGACAGUUGAAUUUCAACCUUCUUUAUCUGGAAAAACGUGUGAUUCAAAAAUCAAGCUCACUCACUUACGUGUUGUUUUCAGCCUGAAGAAAGGCAGUGUGAAGCUUCCAAUCCUGUGUUGUCUCUCGGUCAGCUUUCUGUGGGUCUUUUACAGGAGCUCUCUGAGGAAUAAUGAGAAAGACUUGGAAAUAAAUUAUAAAGUUGAAGAAUAUGGUUGCCCCAUAGAAGUUGAUUACCGAGCUACAUUUCGGCCUACAGUUCUUUUAUAUAUGAGUAAUAACCCUCUGGGUACUGUUGAGGCAAACUACAUAGUAUGGGAAGUAAAUGACAGGAUUGACUUUGAGUACAACUCAACUAUGGAAGAGGUCCAUUGUCUAACUACUGCACAGAGCUGGGAACAAAUGAUUGGAAAUAAUACCAAAACCUCUUCCCUAUCACCUACAGAAAUAGAUUCACUUUGGGGACCACAUAAUUACAAGUCCUGUUUUAUUACAUAUGUUGAAGAUUUAAGAAACUUAGAUGAACCAUAUGAGAUCUUAAAUCAUUCUGGCAUCAAUUCAAUUACUUGGCCCCAGUAUCACACUGGUAUAUAUAUGUUCAGGUUGAAGAUAGUGGAUCCAAACUUCAGUUUUUGCAACCUGAAUGCGUUGUUUGCUGUCCGUACAUACGGUAUAGUGAAAAGACCACACUGGUUUCUGAUUGCUGGUUGGGCUACCAUGAUAGUGAUUCUCUUUUUGGGUGUCCUGGUCUACAGCUACUUCAGAUAUGUGAAAACAUUUCGGGAACUCAAUUUUACUGAUCCUCUGAUGUUUGACCAAGAUUUGAAUACAACAGACUCAGCAGAUGAGGAAGGGAAAGAAAUCUAAGAAAAAAUUAUUUGUCAUUUACUGACAUGUUUUAUUGAAUGCUGUAAUAUUUUUCACUGAAUUCUAGUUUUCAUUUUUAAAUGCAAGUAUAAAACAAAUACUUUUCUCAUAACUCAAUCUAUUAAUAAUUCAAGAAGACACAAUUUAGUCCUAACACCUCAUUUGUUGUUGUGUACUUUAAACAGUACUUUUGGCUUAUUUGUUUGCCAUAGAAUAGAUUCUUCUUUCUAGCUUCCUAUUGUAUCAUCUGUUUGGCCCCCAAAAGAUGCAACUGAAGAACUAGAAAAAAGGAUAGGACUCUGUUGAGGGAAACCCAUUCCACAGUUAAGUUCUAUACAUCUUUAUGAAGUUUCCACAAGGAAUGGUACCAAUGUGAAUUGUGGAGGUUUUUUUUUUAAGCCCAAUGCAAGGCAAGACACAACAAAGCCACUAAAAUGUUUCAUAUUUGGCUCACUGCAUUGGAUUUGAUGGCAAAUUUACCAUGUAGAAAUCUUUUUGGGCCAUAUUUUUUUUGCAUUUCAUGAUAUACUUUUUUUUCUAAUCUGCUCUGUAAAAUAAUUUUCAAUUUUAUGUAAUAUUGUUUACAUUUAAAGCAUUUUACAGAUUCUGAAUGUAAUCAUUUUCUGGUAAAAACUCCAAAAUACAAUCCAA